AUGCCUCCAAAGCCGUCCAAGUCGUCUCCUCCUACGCAUAAGCCAACAUGGAAAGAUAAUAAAGGAAAACCUAAGCAACAGCCAUCUACUGCCGAACGCUUGAGGCGCUUCUUCACGUCCUUGUGUGCCCAAAUCGAUGGUGGACACUUCAGCAACGCGGUAAAGACAUGCGAUAAGAUACUGCGCUUGGAUCCCACAGAUGCCGAUGCACGACAGACCAAAUUGUUCCUUCUAUUGCAGACUGAGCAGUACAACGCUGCUCUGAACCUCAUUGCCACCGAUAAUACACAUGCGUACGAAAAAGCAUACUCUUUAUACCGCCUACAGCGUGAAUCUGAGGCAAGAAAUAUUUUGGAAUCGAUUAAGGGAGAACGCGGGGAGAACGAUCGGGGUAUCGUUCACCUUGAAGCUCAGCUGGCACGUAACUCUUUCCUGGAAGGGUCUUACCAAGAAGCAUUCGAUCUCUAUAACGAUUUACUCGAUACUGCUGAAGCUGACUCUGAAGAGCAUUCCGAUAUCUUGACCAAUCUCCAAGCUUCGCAAAGACAUCUUGAUUUCAUUAACACUGGCUUUCUCCAUGCCUUGGACGCUCUUCCGAAUUCAAUCACAUCAACUUUGGAGUCUGCCCCGCCUCCUUCUCAACAGCAAUCCACUGCUGCUGUGAUUGCCUCGGCUUCUGCACUGGCGGGUUCAUCCAAUGAACGUCAGAGUGCCAUUCCUGUGGUCAAAAAAGUACGAAAGUCGCGUAUCCCAGCUGGUGUGAUCCCCGGUGUCACCCCACCCCCUGAUCCGGAGAGGUGGUUGAAGAAGAGUGAGCGUUCAACAUUCGGGCAAGGAAGGAGAAGAAGAGGAGCAGGUGGUGGAGGUGGAGCAACCCAAGGAAGUGCGACGGUUGAAAGUACAAUACAGGCUGGGGGUCACUCCAAGAGUGGCGGGGGAAAGGGAAAGAAGAAAAAGUAG